CAGCUACAAUGACUGAGCAGCAUCAUCUGAACAGAGGGAAGCGAGUGUUUUUGUAGUGGGUGAGAUUGAGAUCAGAAGUGAGAAAGGCAGAAUGCCAGAAAAAAAAAAUAGCCGUAGAGGAGGAAAUUAGGAAGGAAGGAGAGCAAGUGUGCAGCUUUGAGGCGUUCCAUCAUCCACCAAACUCCUGCAGCUUCCCUCUUCCCUCCUCCUCCUCCUGAAGAGAGAGAGAGCAACAGAAAGAGUCACGCUUGCAAGCCCGAGAAGAGACGUCAAGAGGAGGAUCUACGGAGGAGAAAAAAAAUCCCCCUCUCUCUCUCUCUCUUCUGCUGCCCCUCUUCGUUGCAUCCUACAGGCGGCAAGGAGCGAAGAGGAGUGAGGAGGAUCCGGCUGGCAUAUUUUCUGCGCUUCUUCCCUGCAAUUUCUCUGGCUGUAACACAGUCCGUGGAGUGCAGGGAGAGCUGCCCGGAGCUCGAUCGGUGACAUCUCUCUGCAGCAGAAGAAGAGUACCGGGAGAGGAGCCGGGAUGCUUAACAACCUGACCGACACAGAGGAGGGGGACGGGGGAGCGCAGAGCCAGGGCGACAGUAACCCCAAGGAGAGCAGCCCCUUCAUCAACAGCAGCGAUGCUGCUGCAGAGAAGAGCCAGCAGUAUGACGGCAAGAACAUGGCCUUGUUCGAGGAGGAGAUGGACACCAGCCCCAUGGUGUCUUCACUUCUCAGCAGCCUGGCCAACUACUCCAACCUGCCCCAAGGCAGCAAAGAGCACGAAGAGGCCGAGAACAACGAGGCUGAAUCAGCGCGCAAGAAACCCGUCAAGGCACCGCAGCUCGGCACGCUGAUGGGCGUCUAUCUUCCAUGUAUCCAGAACAUCUUCGGAGUGAUCCUCUUCCUCAGGAUGACCUGGUUGGUGGGAAUUGGAGGCGUCAUCGGGACUUUCGUCAUCGUCUUCAUGUGCUGUACCACAACCAUGCUGACUGCCAUCUCCAUGAGUGCCAUCGCUACCAACGGAGUAGUGCCAGCUGGAGGCUCCUACUACAUGAUAUCCCGUUCGCUGGGCCCAGAGUUCGGGGGAGCGGUGGGAAUCUGCUUCUACCUGGGAACCACCUACGCUGGAGCCAUGUACAUCCUGGGAGCCAUCGAGCUGCUCCUGAUCUACAUCGCGCCCAAAGCAGCCAUCUUUCCCCUGGAGGGUCUGGAGGGCGCUGAAGCGGAGGCCGCGCUGCUCAACAACAUGCGCGUGUACGGCACCCUCCUGCUGACCUCCAUGGCCACGGUCGUGUUCGUCGGGGUGAAGUACGUCAACAAGCUGGCCCUGGUGUUCCUGGCAUGCGUCAUCCUCUCCAUUCUGGCCGUCUACGCUGGAGUCAUCAAGACCGGCAUCGACGCCCCAGACUUCCCCGUGUGCGUCUUGGGGAACCGCACUUUGGUGUGGAAGACCUUCGACGUUUGUGCCAAGACCAUUGAGUCGGCUAACGGCACAGUCACCACCCAGCUGUGGUCCAUGUUCUGUGAUUCUCCUCUCCUCAACGCUACCUGCGACGCCUACUUUGCCGCCAAUAACGUCACUCGGAUCCAGGGCAUUCCCGGGGUGGCCAGCGGCAUCCUGUCAGAAAACAUGUUUGGGAACUACUAUGAGAAGGGGGACCUAAUUGCCAGGAAAUACAUGUCGUCCGCGGAAGAGCAGGACGACCCUUUGACCAAUUCUAACCGCUACGUGCUAGCCGACAUCACGAGCUUCUUCACAAUGCUGGUGGGCAUCUACUUCCCCUCGGUGACAGGAAUCAUGGCCGGAUCCAACCGCUCUGGAGAUCUGCGUGAUGCUCAGAAGUCCAUCCCUAUUGGGACCAUUGCAGCCAUCACCACCACCUCCAUCGUCUACAUGUCCAGCGUGAUUCUGUUCGGUGCGUGCAUCGAGGGAGUGGUCCUUAGGGACAAGUUCGGAGAAGGCGUCCACGGCAACCUGGUGAUUGGCACAUUGGCGUGGCCGUCACCCUGGGUCAUCGUGAUCGGCUCCUUCUUCUCCACCUGUGGAGCGGGGCUUCAGAGCCUGACGGGAGCUCCCCGUCUCAUGCAGGCCAUCGCCAAGGACGGCAUCGUGCCCGCUCUACGGAUCUUCGGUCAUGGGAAGGCCAACGGGGAGCCCACAUGGUCCCUCCUCUUGACAGCUUGUAUUUGCGAGACUGGCAUCCUCAUCGCUUCCCUGGACGCAGUGGCUCCCAUUCUCUCCAUGUUCUUCCUGAUGUGCUACAUGUUUGUCAACCUGGCGUGCGCCCUCCAGACGCUGCUGAGGACUCCGAACUGGAGACCCCGCUUCAAGUUCUAUCACUGGGCUCUGUCUUUCCUGGGGAUGAGCUUGUGUCUGACUCUCAUGUUCCUCUGCUCCUGGUACUAUGCCAUCGUCGCCAUGGUAAUCGCCGGCUCCAUCUACAAGUAUAUCGAGUUUGCAGGUGCCGAGAAAGAAUGGGGUGACGGGAUACGAGGUCUGUCUCUGAGUGCGGCGCGCUUCGCUCUCAUGCGGCUGGAGGAAGGUCCCCCACACACCAAGAACUGGAGGCCACAGCUGCUGGUGCUGGUGAGCACGGACGCAGAGCAGAAUGUGGAGCAGCCUCGACUGCUGUCCCUGACCAACCAGCUCAAGGCGGGAAAAGGUUUAACUAUCGUUGGGACGGCUCUGCAGGGCAGCUUUCUGGAGAACUCCGACCGGACUCAGCGCGCAGAGCAGGCCAUGCGUAAGCUGAUGGAGACUGAGAAGGUGAAAGGCUUCUGUCAGGCGACCGUGUCCUCAAACCUGCGCGAUGCUACAUCACAUCUGCUCCAGGCCAGUGGGCUGGGAGGCCUGAAACAUAACGCUGUACUGGUUUCCUGGCCACGCAACUGGAAGCAAGGAGAUGAGGACCAGACCUGGAGGAACUUCAUCGAGCUGGUCAGAGAAACCACCGCGGCCAGCCUCGCUCUGCUCGUACCCAAGAACAUCGCCGCCUUCCCGUCUAACGGUGAGCGCUUCACUGAGGGUCACAUCGACGUGUGGUGGAUCGUCCACGAUGGAGGCAUGUUGAUGCUGCUGCCCUUCCUCCUCCGGCAGCACAAGGUCUGGAGGAAGUGCAAGAUGCGCAUCUUCACCGUGGCUCAGAUGGACGACAACAGCAUUCAGAUGAAGAAGGACCUGACCACAUUCCUCUAUCAUCUCCGCAUCGACGCCAUGGUGGAAGUUGUGGAAAUGCAAGACAGCGACAUCUCAGCCUACACUUACGAGAAGACCCUGGUGAUGGAACAACGAUCGCAGAUGCUGAAGCAGAUCAAUCUGACCAAGACUGAGCGGGAGAGGGAGAUCCAGAGCAUCACAGAUUCGUCCCGCGGCUCCAUCCGCCGUAAGAACCCGGCCGCUGUGACCACCCAGCUGAGCGUGACCGAGGAGCCGACCCCGGCCGGCAAGGAGGAGAAGCCUGAAGAGGAGUCAAAGUCGGCAUCUUCCCCUGUGUCCCCCCCUGCCCAGGUCCAGCUCAUCCACGACAACACCACCCCGGCCAGCCCCGCCACCCCGGCCACCCCGCUGACCCCCGGCGAGGCGGCUCAGAGCCCCGGGGAGCAGGUCCAGAUGACCUGGACCGAGAAGUGCGACGGCGAGCCGGCCAAGCCUCCCGGCGCGGCCACACCCGAGGGCCUCAAAGACAUCUUCAACAUGAAGCCUGAGUGGGAGAACCUGAACCAGUUCAACGUGAGACGCAUGCACACGGCACUGCGGCUGAAUGAAGUCAUUCUCAAGAAGUCGUCAGAGGCCAAACUCGUCCUGCUCAACAUGCCGGGGCCGCCCAAGAACCGGACAGGUGACGAGAACUACAUGGAGUUCCUGGAGGUCCUGACCGAUGGCCUGAACCGGGUCCUGCUGGUCCGCGGCGGCGGCCGCGAGGUCAUCACCAUCUACUCCUGAAAGAGCAGCCGCCCCCCCUCCCACCGUCCACCCCCCACCACCACCAGCACCACCGCCGCCAUCGCUCCCUCCACCCCGUCCCCGCGUCCAGCUGCACCGCCGCCCUUCCAGGGCUGCUACUCGCCUUUCAUGCCAUGUUUCUUUCUGUGAGAGCGUUGUCUCACACCCCCCCCGACCCGCCCGACGGCCCAGCUCAGCCUCAGCUCCAUCCCCCCCCCCAGCGCAACAGGAAAAAACCUGCUCCACUAAUCUGCCGCCUAUCGCAAGCUCAAGACUAAAUAAAUGCUACUUAGAGCUGUUCUUCUUUUCUGCUAUAGUCUGUAAUCUGUUGUAGUAACUCAAGAUGUGGCUUCGAGGGUUAGGGUGGUGGUGGGGGGGUGUCGGGGUUUUUAGCUGUGGUGUGUGCAUACAUGCAUGUUCUCUGUGUCUGUCCUUGCUUUAAAAAAAAAACUGCAGUUUUGCUUUUCCCAAAACACGAAUGUCGCCAAAAAAACGCAGCUUCUGCUCGGAAGAGGCGAAGCCGGUUUGUAGGACGUCGUCGUGACGGGACGCCUCCCACAGCCCGUUGCCUCUGAAGGCAGAGACUCUGCAGCCCACGGUCAGCAUCACCAGCUGGAGGAAGGAGGAGAGCACAUCUUGUUGAGUAUGAACUGUGAAAACACACAUGUUUGAAGUAGACCGAAAUGUGGGUCAAGCCUGCAGUUUUUUAUCUUUAACUUGAUCUAUUUUUAGCAUGGCAUCCUUCCAACUGUGUGUGUGUUUUUUUUACUCCACUUGUUCUGUUACUGCCAUCUCUUGUCUUUUCUUGGUGGCUGUUUAUCCCCGUGGCCACUGUCGGUGCCAAAAAAAAAAAAUUGACAAAAAGCGAAAGACUUAGCUUAGUUUGUUGAGAUUGACACGUAAUUAAACUGUGAAUAGUUUCUCCCACCCCACAAACCGAGGAGAUUUUUCACCGCCAGCACCUCUCGACCCUCGUGUGACUCGCUGUAAAUAAUGUACAAGCUCUGACGUGUUGUUGGGUAUGAGUGUAGUAUUUUUGUGACAAACCGAAAAAGCUCGCAGCGGAGAGGAAAAAGCUUCCUUCGCACGGAGGGGCAGCUCGGAAAAAAAUCUGUUUUUAAAAGAUGUAUUUAUUUACGUAUUUAUUUAUCGCAUUUAUUUAAUCAGAUGGCAUAGGUUCCUGUCUCUAUGGUAACCGUCUCUGUAACCUCGACGACGCACUGCACCUGCACUCUUCACCACUGUGCAACAAGUGAAACUAUGAUGAUUUCAUCAUCAAGCUCAUUUAGGAAGAUACUAAAUGUUAUUUUUUCAUGUAGAGAACAAAUAUGUAUUUGUGAUUAUAGAGAAGAGUUAUACAUAUUUAUGACAUACUUUAGGUCAUGUCAUUUCACUCAAAUAUAUAUAUAUAUACAUAUAUAUAUAUAUAUAUAUAUAUAUAUAUAUAUAUAUAUAUAUAUAUAUAUAUAUAUAUAUAUAUAUAUACAUAUAUCAUUGUUUUGCCAAAUUAGAUACAUUACUGUGCCAUAUCAAAGUAUUUUUGGACUAGAAAAAAAAACUAAACUUUAUUGAUACCAACAGAAGAGAACAAAGUGUAUUUAAAAAGAUAAAUAAAUAAAGAUUACACGUGUCUCAGAUUGGGGGCGACUUGUAGCUGGGAUGUCGCCCUACGGAUAAUUAAAAAAAAUAAUAAUGUUCAAAGGUCCAUAAAUCACCCAGCCGCUGAAGUAUUUACUAAAACCAAGAAGAGACGCCGAUCAUCCAUCAAUUAUUUGUUUAUGAGGUUUGUUCCAACCAAACACAGGAGGACGGCUAGCGUAGCUACCAAACCCACUCUGUCCACAGAGAUGAACUCUAUGCAGUAGGUUCUCCAGUCAGAUUUUAUAUCCUCCACGUCGCUGUUGAUUUGAGCCACACGUGUCCCCGGCUGGACAAGCUCCAGAGCAAAUUAGCUUGGAAAAAGUGCAUCUCGGAAGGAAUGUGCAAUAGUUAAAAUCCGGACUCACGUGAUCACGUUAUUUAUUUUUUUAACACAUAUAUUUUGUAUAUGUAGAUUUCGUAAGUCAGAACCAUCUCACUCUGACCAAGGACAGAUGUCACGUUACUUUCAUUAGUCCUAUUUUCUUUUCCUUGAAAAAAAAAAGUAUUUUUGGUCAUUUGCACUUGUAUUAGAGGUAUUACUAUAAAUAAAUAAAUAUAUAUAUAUAUGUGUGUAUGUAUAUGUGUAUAUAUAUUUAUAUUUAUAUAUAUAUACCUGUAUAUAUACACACACAUUUAUAUAAACACAGUAUAUACAAUAUAGAGAAGCAAAACAAAUUAGUUUCUAGAACUAUUUAAAAACCAGUAUUUAAUGUUUUUAGUGUUGCUUGAAUGUCUGAUCAUAUGUUGUGAAUGCUGCUAGUAUAUAUAGGUUUAUUUGUACUGUAAAUAGAGAUGACUGAAUCAACGUUAAAGAUAAAUUAAAGUAAGGGUCUAGACAUACAUAUCAGUGGUGGUGGGGGCAAUCUGACAAGACGAGGCUGUGCUUGUAAACAUUUGGACAGGGUUAGCGUUCCGUUUUAUUAAAGAAGAUAUAGUGAAUAAAUAAAUAAAUGCAAUAUCUAAACUGGGGGCAAAACCUCCACCCCUUAUUUACUCUUUUUAAAUGCUCCCUUCGCAGUUCUCACAACUUUACAAGAACAGGAGUUGCUAAAACUGUUUUUUUUUUGUGUUUUUUUUAAUGCAUUUGCUUUUUAGAACUACCUUCGACACCCGCGAUGCUUAACAAGAAACCGCUCCUAGUUUUCAAAGAUUUUGGGGUGCAAAAAAAAAAAGAGAAGAAAGAAAUGAUUAGUAUUUUCUUUCAGUCUCACAACAGUUUUUGAAUGACACGGUUACUUUUGGAUCAUCUCUACAACACCACCUGCAUCAUCUGAGCCUUUAAAGUUUAUUCUAAAGAAAAAGAUAUCUGAUGUUUAUUGGAUAAGUUUAUUGGAAAUUAAUUAAUUUAUUAUAUUAUAAAUGUUUUCUAAUUGCUGUUUGCAUGGUACUCUGUGGCAAUAUUUGUUUUAGUGGUUUCUAUAGUGAUGACUUACAUGUUCAAGGUGCAGGGUGAGGGGACAUGCGAAUGUUUUAACAGAUCAAGUCAAACACGUGGCCAGCCCUUGAAAACGAGUCUUUUGCAACCAGAAAGAAAAAGUAUGAGUUCACUAUAUUGUUACUUGUUAUAUUUCAAAUCUUGCUCAAGUAGUCUUACGUAACGUAAUAGGAGAUUUUUGAGUUUGCGAAUAGUUGAGCCUUAGAAGGGUCAUUUUCUCUUUUGUAAAUAAAUAUACCACUUUAAGUCAGAGACACUGUAACCUACUAGUGUUGUCUUUUGUUGUACACUGUUUCAAUCACUGUGGAUGAAGUCUUGGAGUUUUGUAAGAUCAUGUGCAAUAUUUUUCUCACAUCGGUUUUUCUCAUUUAGUCGAGUAGGUUUUUAUGCUGUGGAAGUACCAGGAGGUGUCAGCAGACAUUGAUUUGAACACAGUAUUUGCCUUUUGGACCAUAAUGAUCUAAUAUGUUGAGCUCAAAUGUGGCUGAGACAGAAAAGCACGUCACAUUGAGGGGCCUCCUCAGUGUAGACUGUCUCGCAGUGACCUCUGGUGGCGAAAGUGUGUAUUGCACCAAGCUGUGGCCGUGUGACAGCCCACAGUAUCAAAAAAAAUAAAAAAUGUAAUUAAAAAAAAUCCUUUUCAUCUUCAGAGAACUACCUGCAGAAGUUAUCAUUCAAACAUUUUUGUACAUUUUAGCAUGCUUCACAUUCAUUUUUUUUUUCUUUUGAAAAAUGUCUUAAAAAGAAAGAUAUUAACUGUUAAAUUUCUAGUGCUUGUCACUCAAUCUGUGAGGUGAGCCCUCCCAGAAUCCCCCACUUCCCGUACACCAUGUAACCCCCAACCCCAUGGUCUCCUCCAUCCCAGCCACAAAAAUCCACCCCAGCUCUGUAUUUUAAAUGUGAUUGCAGUGUAAUUAAUUAAAAUGAUCAAAGAAGAACAAAACUCGCGCUUCCAAUUCUGGUACCGGCUCUGCUUGGACAACGCGGGGAAUAGUCGACUUGGAAAACCAGCACGCCCCUCUCCCCCAGCUGAUCCAUCACCGAGAUCAGACCCCUUGCCUGCACAAUUGUAGCAUGAAACAAACCUGCUGGUGAUCAUUACUCAGUCUCCAUCCUUAAAUGGAAAAUAAAGGGCUCUGAAACACAUCUGUUGCCGGGUUGAAGAGGCUGUUUUGUUAUAGAUUUGAAAGACAAGCAAAAUAAACACCAGAUUAUUGCAGAGAGGGGGACACAGUCUGCAACUUUAGACAAGAUCCUGCCCUCCAGGCGCCUGAUGCUGGAGGGAAAACAACAGCUUAAAUUUCACACAGUUGACAUCUCUGGGAAUCAGAUGAGGAAAACCUCAAGUGGCUAUCGACGCGGUGCAAGCAGAGCCCCAGUCCAGUUGUUGUGUAACUCAGUGCAUGCAUGCAACUACCCUGAACAAGGUAUUUAUUGGGUGUUUGUGAUAUAAAAAGUAUUUUUGUUUAUAUUGGUCAAAAACUUUUCUUUCAAGUAAUAUAUUUUUCUUUCCUUUAAGAAUGGCCUCGUUGUAUCCAAUAUGAGUAUUAAUAUUAUGAAGAAAAAAAGUGUUUUCUUUUCAUGAUUGAUCUGUUGAGAAUAUCCUCUUAAUGUCAAUUUUCUGCAGAAAAGAAAAAAAUAAUUACCAAAGUAUAUAUUUUAGGUGAAUGAGAAAAUGUGUGCUCCAGUGAAUUAAAUGCAGACAAGGAAAAUUGGGUAACCUUUUAAUGAAAAAAAAGAGACAACAAAAGAUGAACAUGGAAAACAAACAAAAGCAAAAACAUUCAAUUGACUCAUUUCGACUCACCAGCCGUAAAGUUUAGUUCCUAAAUGGUGAUUCUUUUCCCAACUCUUGACCUGCAUUUUUCCCCAAAAUGCUCUUUUCUUCAAUUUUAAGUUUUCAAAAAGUACAAUCUUAAACUCAAGCAGCAGUUUCUUUCAGAUGAACAAUUAAGAUCUGUCUUUAAUUCACUGGAACUGCUUGAAAUCUUGUCUGGAUGCUUGAAAAAAAAAAAAAGAAUCAAUGGAUGUAGAUUGUAUAAAUCCGCAUUCAUCAGAUUUCCCGACUAUGAAACGUUUGUUCAUUCUGAGACGGUCAUUACUUUUCCUUACUCCUGUACCCGGUCUUACAGUAACGCUGUGGUGUUUCGGUUCUGUGGGAGUGUGUACGUGUGUACGUGUGCACUUGUAACUGCUGGGGGCCGGGGUGGUAAUGGGCAAGGGGCGGGAGGGGGCUACGUGUAAAUAAAUCAAAUAGUUAGUGUGGAGGUGUUUAUUUUCUGUGUCAGUGUAAGUUAAAUAUUCUGAAAUAAAAAUAUUAUUCUCUUGUGAUUCAUAGUACAUUAAAAAGAGGAAAAAAGUAGUUUUGUCUUACAUUUCAAAUGCUUAUCUCUAUGGCUUCUGGCGAUACCCGUUCCAUUUUAUAGAUUUGUCAGCACAAAAUGCAAUAAACCAAUA